AUGUCAAAUCUAAUCGAACGAAGCGUCGCAUGGCUGCUCCAGAACCGCAAGGGUCACGAUGCCGGCCUCAUCCACAAAUCCAAACCCUUCUCCGGGCUCCCCAACCCAACCAUCCCUCUGGAAUGCAACCUAGGCCCAACGGGCUCUGACAUCCCACCCGAAUACAGCUUCUUCCACCAGGGCCUUUUUCCAACCCUGCAAUGGCCGGCACAGGAUGGGGCGGUGGAAUAUUUGCUUGUUGUUGAAGACCCCGACGCACCCUUCGCUGACCCCAUUGUGCAUGGCCUGUACUAUGGCAUCCCGGCCACAACAACGCGACUGACGAACGAAGACUUUGAAGUGAUCGGAGAAGACUCUGCGUUUACACUUCGCGGUGACUUCAAAUAUGGUUUGAAUCGCCGCAAAAGUGUUUAUAUUGCUCCCAGGGGCUUACUGGGGCAUGGUCCUCAUCGGUACUUUUAUCAGCUUGUUGCUCUGCGAGAAAGAAGUGAUAAGAGCAAGUUAACUGCUCCGGUUUCUAAGGAGGAUAUCAUUCGGCAGGUUGAUGGGAAGGUUAUCUGUUGGGGAGUUUGGCAGGGGAUAUGGGAGCGGACAGAGUGA